AGUCUUAGUAGCUGGGUAAAUGGGGACACCAAAAUUUGAGGAAGAAUAAAAAUAUUGUUUUUCACUGGACGAAACUCUGGAAUUAUAAAUAUUGUGAGGAAUCGUUGGGAAUUUGCAUCAUGCACCAAACCGUUGCAACUGAAAGUACAGCUUAAAUGAGCGGUGGUCCCGAGGGCGCGUCAAUUGUUAGUAUAUAAAAGACAUCCUCACUUUGAAAUUCAACAGAAGUCAAUCGCCACCGAAAUCAGGAUGAUCUCAACAAUUUUGAAGACUACGAUCCUCGCCGUUCUCUUGGCAGGAGUCCUGAGCGAGGAUAUCGCACAGGAAUUACCUGUGCCCACCGAACCCGCGCUGACGGAAGCUGCUGCGAUUGCAGAGGUCUCCGAAGAACCCAAGCCAAUCCUGGAAAACACCCUGCAAAUCUUGGAGCAACCCCUCCGAAUUCUGGAGGAACCCCUGAAAAUCUCCGAGGAACCCGAACAAAUCCCUGCGGAAUUACUCUUCGAAGAUAUCGACGGAGUAAAGGUUCCCAUUGAGCCGAGAGCGCGGGCAAGAUUCCUGGAAAAACUUAGAUUAGAACAGGAAGCAGCGAACGCAGUCUACACAUUCGCUUCCUCAAUUGUCGAUGGAAUAAUGGACAACAAUCAAAACAGAACCGAAACUAGAGACGGUCUCAAUCUGAAGGGAUCUUACUCUUACAGCGAUGGUUAUUUCCGGCGUACUGUAAAUUACGUUGCUGGAACCGGCGGAUUCAGAGUUGUCUCUGAAGUCGUUGAGGAACUUGGCGAUGGUCCGAAACUCAAUCCCUUGGGUCGCGCAGACGUUAGAACUUAUAUUUCCGGACAGGGUCUCGAGUACAGCAUCACCAAAGAUGACAUCCGCGGAACCCACAAGAAUAAGGAAUCAAUUGCUGAAUUAGAAAAGAUUGCGUUGGAGACUGUGCAGGCCUAAGGCACGCGAGAAUUUCGAUUCACG